ACAUUUCCCUCAUCUUACGGUUUGAAGAGUCAUUGUCAUCUGGCUGUGAGCAACUGACUUUUCUGAUCUUCACCUCUCAUCAUUGUCCAUGCGAUCCUGGAAAAUAACAAAAAAAGAAAACAGAAUCUAAAAAAAGAGACAACAAUAUUCUCAGCAUCUGAUCUUCACUAGAUCUACUAGAUCAUCUGAGGGAUUUGACCUAAUCAAGAUGCUGCUGAUCAUUGAAGCUGUUCUUCUCAUUUUAGCUGCUCUAGGACAGGAUCACAGAGCAGCUGCUGUUUCAGAACCGAUAUUUCCACUGGAUAUGGCACCGAAUUCAGUUGAUGACCAAUAUUUGGGCUGUAAGGGGAAAAUGGCAUACCUGGUGAAGACAAAAUAUCUAGAGAAGGAAAUGAAAAACUCAGCUAAAUUCAAAUAUUAUUGGCAAAACAGUGAAAAUUUUGUCAAGUUUCCAAAAGAUCAGUUAACAAGGAAUCAUUUAGUCGCUCUUCAUAUGUACACUGGUAAAUAUAUAUAUCGUCAGUUUAAUGAUGACACUCGUUACGGUAAAAACCAAUACAAAGGCAAGAAAUUCUCAUGGUAUUCACUCCACUUCCUGCUAACAGAUGCGAUACAGAUUCUGAAGAAACAACAAAAUAAAUGCUAUAAAACUUAUCGUGGUACUACAGCUAACUUUGAUAAGUAUGUUCUGAACAAAGAGAUUCGUUUCGGCUCAUUUACAUCCUCCUCUCUCGAUCGUAAAGUAACACAAAGUUUUGGAACUAAAUCUUGCUUUGAAAUCAUAACUUGUGAAAGUGCUGAGCUGACAAAAUAUUCUCAGUAUCCUUACAUAAAAGAGGUGUUGAUUCCUCCGUAUGAGAAGUUUAGAGUCAUUGCUGUCAAGACAAAAAAAUAUUAUAAAGAUCUCUGGUGUAACACCGUCUUUACUUUGAGAAGCACUGGAAGAACAAGUUACAUGAACUGUGCUCUAUUCUAGAAAGGCUAAAAACAUAUGUGUUGCAUUGAA